AUGACGACUAAACAUAUUGGGUACUCUAAUCCACGAAAUUUCAAAGAGAAAAUAGAACUUCUGAAGAUGAAAGAAGCGGCGUCUACGGCAAACUUUGCUGCUGCUAUGAGAGACGCUCAGGAGAUCUGCAAGAUUGCACAUGCCUACGACGGCCUUCCAUUAUCACUUGACCAUAAUCAUUUAUCUGGAAGUGUCUCGAAUCGCUCGGGAAUCUUAAAAGCAUACUCCUUGUCUAAUAUUAGUAAUGCUGACUAUCAGACGUUAAAGACUGGAGAUAACUCUAAUCAGGAAACCCCGUUCUUCCAAAAAGAUAUGCCGGUCGAUCGUAAAGAUAUACAUGGCUCCAAUGUAUCUAGUUCUCAUACCAGUGUAUAUCCAUCAGCAUCAAAUAUUCAUGAUGAACGAGUUGUUCAAAGACUACUACCUAGUAGUAAUGUACCAAUUAAAGAAACUAUUCCGGUUAAAUUAGAUGAAGAAUUAUCGCAAAAGUCUCAAAAUCCAAAUGUUUGUCCAUUUUUAUAUGAUCCAAUUGGUUCAAAAACUACAACAACAACAACUACAACACCUGAUACAUCUCAUCAUUUACAUGAACGAAAUACUUUUAUUCAUGAUACUGAUUAUGCAUCAUCUGAUAAUUACUUGUCAUCCUCUUGGUCUACUAUUCCACCUACACAACAUUCUGCUCCUAAAAGCUGUUUAGAUAAUUGGAAUAAUGAAUGUUCUAGUGUUGCAGUUGUUAGUCAGCAUCAUAGUCAAAAGAAUUUUAAUUUAUUCACAGAUACUAAACCAUAUUAUCAUAGUUUACAACCAAAAUCACAUAUUUCUACAAAUCCUUAUUUAUUUUCUACAUCACAUUCAAAUAUUGAAGUAGCAUCUACUACUAGUUUACUUACACAACAAUCAUCAUUAACUAAUUCAAGUCAAUAUACAUGUGAAUCAGGUUAUUUUAGUGCUGGUAUUUGUACACCAAUUGGAUUUAGAAGUUUUCCUCCUACAAAUUCUUUACAACAUCAAUUGAAAGCACCAUUUUCUGCGAAUAUUACUGAACAAAUUAGACAAGCUCAAACACCAUAUUCAGUAGUUGAUUGGCGCAGGACUGCUUCUGAUUCAUCUAUCCACCAUACAUUAUCAGAUAUUCAAUUAAAUCCAAUUGAACAAUAUACAUAUGGUCCUGGGAAGACAGAAAAGUCACAUGUUUUAAGUCCUAGGUCUAUCAUGUCCAGUGAUCAUUACUUCAGGCCAGCAUGUAAACUGAGAGGAGUUGAAGAGGAAGAGACUUCAAGUAUUUUAACACCUAUGGAUGAUACAGAUAAUAAGCGUGCUUGUAUUAUUCGACGUCAUCGUGAUACUCAUUUACUGGACAAUAAUCAUUUUGUUCAUACGGAACUACCAACAAAUGAAUCUCACCUAAUGCCAGCAAAAAGACCCUAUACAUGUUCAACAGAAUCGCAGUCAUCAAAUGGAUUUGACACAGUUGGUUGUGAGAUGAAAAUGUGCACACCGCAUAUGGACAACAGCGGUAGUACUAUGGAGAAGAAAAACAUUGAUUCCACUGUCGAUACAGCAUUGAAACAUCACAAAAGUUGGAAAAUUCGUUCCAGUGUUUAUAAUCCUCAUAGUUUAGAACAAUCAAUGAAUAAACCAAUUUAUCCAUGUGUGUCCAGUAAAAAUAAUAAUACAAUGACAACGAAUUCAAAGUAUUCCGAGCUUAUUGAUCCAUCUUCUUCACUAUCAACCUCAUCAUCUCAUAGUUUUCAUUUCAAUCAAGAUCAUUAUUCUUUUGGUGGUGGUACACAUCUACACAAUUUACCUCUACAGCAUGCAGAAUCACAUAGAGGUAAUCUCGUUAAUAUGUUAACUGCAAGUGGAGGAGUUGCUAGGAGUGGAACAACUGGCUCAAGUGGUGUUGGUGUUUGUGGCAGUGGCAGCGGUAACAGUAGUACAACAACAGAUGAUUUAUUUCUUCGUAACACUAGUACUGGUAAUAAUGAUUUGGAUGAAUAUUUACAACUCCCUAAUUUAAUUUGUAAGGCGGAUGAGUCUACCAAUCAUUUUGCUGGACGGCGUGAUAGUUGUACUAUGACUGCAGAAAUACUUUCCACUUUGGCUAGUUUUCGAGAAGAAAUGGGAGAGUUUGGUGAUUCAAAAGUUCAUUCAGAUAUUGUUCCUGCUAGUUCCAAUUUUGGUCCCCAUUUCGUUCAUAUACCCAAUCGUACCGGUGUGUGUAAUCCAAUGCAUAACGAUGAUACCAAUCCUAUUAAAAAUGUUGUCAAACAGAAAACUACUCAUAUUCACAAUAGUAUGAUACCUUCUAACUCUUCAAUUCAUCCGACUACUAUUACUACUACUAAUAGUAUUAAUACUACUACCACUACUGCUAUUACUAAUACUACUGCUACUACUAAUACUACUACUAGUAGUAGUAAUAUUUAUACAGUUGAUCGAUGUAGACUUCAAACUGCGCAUUUUAUUCAAAGUCAUGCUGGGGAGAUUAACAACAAUGGAAUAUUAACAAAUUCUUCUACACCAACUGUUUAUUCUUCAUGUGUACAUCAUGUUGGUGAUAAAAUUGGCAUAUCUAUGUCACCAAAUGAUUAUCGUCUUUUAACUGAUCCUAGAUUAGUAAAUUAUGUAACGGAUAAAGAAACUGAAGCAAAAAUAAUCAAUCAAUAAUUGUAAUAUUAUUAGUAAUGUGUUCUUUUGUGAAUUAAUAGUAAUCAUUGUUCACGUAUUUCAUAUUAUUAUUACUACCCCGGUG